AUGAAGGCCUCGAGUUUCGACCAGGCUAUGAAUACUUUUGAGAAGAAGUUCAAAGACAAGAGCGGCCUCAGCUGGGCCAAGAGGAAUGAUGCUCCGAAACACAAUAAGUACACUUAUCUGGAGCGAUCCUACGAGGACGAAUCGGCCAAGAAGCCGAAAAAGGACAAGCCCAAAGACGAUAAGCCAAAGAAGGAGAUUAAAAGGGCAGAGUGUACUUUGGUAAAGCCCGUGCAGGACCUCGUUGCAUUGAUCUUCAACCAGACUCACUUGGACGCCGCUAUGGAGGACAUGUCGUACGACGCGAAGAAGCUGCCAUUGGGAAAUCUUAGCCAGAAGACUCUCCUCCAGGGUUUUGAGAUCCUGAAGCAGUUAGAUGCACUGGUGCAUGACCCCGUUAAGGCAGCCCAGUCUCCCGCCUCCAUCAACAGACUCAGUAACCAAUAUUUCUCCUUGAUUCCUCAUGCGUUCGGCAGGAAUCGACCACCUGUGCUGAGAUCAGCACCGCAGAUCAAGAAGGAGGUUGAGAUGUUGGAAGCACUGACUGAUAUGGAGAUCAGUAGCAAGAUUAUGAGUGCCUCUGAGGAAGAUGAUGAUAACCCCGUUCAUAUUCUUGACAGACAGUUCCUGGGACUUGGUCUUAAUGAAAUGACUCCUCUUGGCCACACCUCAACUGAGUUCACCGAGUUGGCAGAGUAUCUUACUCGAUCUCAUGGUGCUACGCACAGCAUUAAAUACGACCUCCGCAACAUUUUCCGUAUUGAGCGUCAUGGAGAAAAUGAACGCUAUGAAAAAUCACCUUACGCCAACAUUCCAAACAGUUGCCGUCGUCUGCUCUGGCACGGUUCCCGUACCACCAACUACGGUGGUAUCCUCAGCCAGGGACUCCGAAUUGCUCCCCCCGAAGCCCCCGUUACCGGCUACAUGUUCGGAAAAGGUGUCUACUUUGCUGAUGUUUCGAGCAAAUCAGCCAACUAUUGUUACCAUGACCUCAGCGGCAACAUUGGCUUACUCAUGCUUUGCGAUGUUGAAGUAGGUAACUCAAUGCUUGAACUGACCAGCUCCGACUACCGCGCUGGCGAUUUAGUCAAGAAGGCUAAUAAAUUGGCUACUUUGGGUCGUGGACAAGCUAUCCCUAGCGGGUGGAAGGACGCCGGUUGUGUUCACAAAGACCUCGCCGGUGUUUUGAUGCCGGACUGCUCUAACCCGCUUGCUUCCGAUUCUAGUAAUGGUGUAUGGCUUCAGUACAACGAGUAUAUCGUGUACGAUGUGGCGCAGAUACGCAUCAAGUACCUGCUUGAAGUUGGGAUGAAAUAUUGA